AUGUCUGAGGCGGUAAAGAUUCUUAUCUUCGACAGCCGUAUUUCCAUCGCUGCAACUGCUCUGUACUUCUACGACAAGAUUCUCACCUCACAGCAGGAGGUAAAUCUGAUAUGGCGUCGCAAGAACACUGGGAUCGUCAUACCCGUGAUAUACGGGAUCAUGCAUGUGUGUACAGCGGUGUACCUCCUCAUCACUGUAUGCGUCCCAAGUGACAUCCCGUGCAAGACUUCUGCCAUCUUGAACAUUGUCGUCGACAUCGCUAUAUGUGCCCUGUAUCUCGCCUGGGGUGGUACGAGUCUCGUCCAGGACAUUACGAUCCAGCGUGCGAUGAUGCUCACGCGGACUACAGCCGCUUCCGCACUGCGCGUUUAUGCGAUCAAUGGACUUAGGCUCCCACUUCCGUCGAUCAUAAUGUUACUCUCGCUCGUGCCUGUGGCGAUCAACAUCUAUAACGCGACAAGUCUCGUGCGCAUGAGUUUGCCGCCCACCGAUGAAUGCGUAUACUUCUCCAAUACCCCGGUGAACACUCAAGAAACACGUGAGCCUUUACGCGUGAUCGUCACGCGAGCGAGUUCCACGGUUGCGGACGCUCUCGUCCUCUUCGCAACGUGGCGGAUCAAUGGGGGCACGAAAAAGCUCGCGCGGCAGAUGAAUAUCAACAUCUCGCUCACGAGCCUUUUACUGAGAGACGGCACGAUCUACUUCUGCACGCUCCUCGUAGCGAACAUCAUCGUCUUGACGUCGUACAUUCAAAGUAUCUCCUUCAGCGACGACUCAGAAGUCGCCGUCCUCGUCCUCGUCCUUACUACGAUCCUCCUUUCGCGGCUCUUCCUCAACUUGCGCGAAGUGGCUCUUGGGUCCGAGACGGUGACGCUCGAAACGCAGGACACAGAGCGUUCCGAUUUGCGCUUCUCACGAUAUAUCGGCCCCCUAGGCAACUCGCUAGAUGACGGGCUUACCUUUGCCGCUGAUGGGUCCGAUUCAUACACUUUCGAUCACGAUGACGGAACCAGCUAUGGAGACCAUUCGGCCGAACUUAUCGUCGAUGGUGCAAAUUCCGAUAUCGAGCUUAGCUUGGUUACGGCCGUGGGAGGAAGCAGCGCCUAG